AUGCCAACAGAAGCUGUCCACCACCUCAGUCGUGCUCAUUUUACAAUCGCAAUUAUAUGCCCGCUUCCCCUGGAGGCAGAAGUGGCGAUACCGCUGUUUGACACGGUCUACGAUAGAACUGUCUAUGAAAAAUACGGUCCUGUACGAAAUGACCCCAACCACUAUACGCUCGGCCGCAUUGGCUGUUACAACGUGGUUCUGGCCCACAUGGGUGGUUGUGGGAAAGCCGAAUCAUCCAGCGUGGCCAGUAAUAUCAAACAAAGCUACCCGGGCAUCGAACUGGCCCUUUUAAUAGGGAUCUGUGGAGGAGUGCCUUACAGGACGGACGUGGGUCCAACACAACGCAGGAGAGAUGUUUUCCUCGGCGAUGUGAUAAUUAGCAGCGCGAUUAUUCAAUAUGAUUUGGGGAAAAGACUUCCGCACCGAUUUGUGCGCAAGAAUACGUUAGAGUCCAAUUUAGGGCGAGCGAGUCUGCAGAUCCGAUCAUUCAUGACCUGCUUAGAGUCGCGUCAUGGCGACCUCUCCAAAGACGAACAGGGGCAUCUUCAGACUAUACAAGGUAGCAAGGAUGUGCCAUAUCCUGGUAUUAAAAGCGAUAUCCUGUUUAAAGCUGAAUACAAGCAUUGCGUACGCUGUCUGUGUAUCAGUGAUGCCAGCGGGGAUCCAAGUGUCGUGGACCGCCGUCGUGUGGACUCUGAUGGGGCUCCGUAUAUCCAUAUUGGCCGGCUUGCCUCUGGAGAUACUGUGAUGUGCUCUGCCAAGGAUCGAGACAAGAUUUCCAAGCGCGAGGAAGUUCUUGGUUUUGAGAUGGAAGGGGCCGGCGUAUGGGACAAUAUCCCUUGCAUCCUGAUCAAAGGAGUAAGCGACUACGCUGAUAGCCAUAAGAAUGAUACUUGGCAAUACUACGCAGCUGCGAGUGCAGCGGCUUGCAUGCGUGCUCUCCUGGAUCAGAAUCCCAUUUCGAAUGCGACAUCAUCAGCGGGCCUGGCCCAGGAUAUAAUUGCCUCCCAGUUUAAUCCGCGAAAAAGACCCGCAGAGACUUCUGAAGACUCCAGUAACGAACGGGAAAAGGCGUGCCUUGAUCUAUUAACUUUCCCCCAAGCUCAGUAUCGCCUAGACGAGAUUAUGGAUCCCCUCAGUACGACAUGCACUUGGGUACUAGAAUGA